UUUUAGUUUUAUCCAAAGUCGGAUCCUUUUCAAUGAUACCAUUGCCUUCUCCACUGCGAUCCCCUCCCUUACCUUAUUGCAGCUUUACAUUUUGCAUUUGUAUUCCCUCUCCCUUCUUAGAUUCUUCUUCCUUCGAUUUGGGUUUGCUCUCUUAAACCCUCUUUUAAAGGUCACUUCUUUAAUUUGAUCCUGUUUCUGAAACAUUGAUUUAGGGUUCUAGUGUUUGAGCUCGAGUGAUAUGCUCUGGUGAUGGGUUUCUCUCAGGCUAUUCGCCUGAAUCUGUCUUCCUACUCGUCUCUCUCUCCCUGCCAGACAAGAGUGAACCAGAAGCAGAAGACUCUUGUUGCGUUCCUCACCAGUUGUAGAAAGGGAAAGAGACGUUCUUCACUCACUGUUAAAUCAGUUCUGAACAAUACAAGACCAAGCUUCAACGACAAUGGAACAGCCGAGGAGCCUUCAAAGAUUCUUUUGGAUAAACUAUUCGCUCGGACACAGGAACAAACGAAUGAGAACUCGGUGUAUCCUCCUUACUCGAGCCUUGGGGGGCUUGAGUCUGACCUUCAAGCUGCGCUAAUGGCUUUGUUGAAACGGGAAGAAGACUUGCAGGACGCAGAGAGGAAGGUUCUCUCCGAGAAGAAGAAACUAAACCGAGCAAAGGAAGGGUUGGAGAAACGGGAGAGAGUAAUCUCCGAAGCUUCCUUGAAGCACGAGAGUCUACAAGAGGAGCUGAAGCGUGCGAACGUGGAGUUAGCUUCACAGGCCAGAGAGAUUGAAGAGUUAAAGCAUAAGCUCAGGGAAAGAGACGAGGAGCUUGUCGCUAUGCAGUCGUCAUUGACUUUUAAGGAACGUGAGCUGGAUCGAAUGCGCGUUGAGAUUUCAAUCAAAACCAAGGAGGCUUCCGUGGCGAGUUUUGAGUUUGAGAACAAGUCACUGCUCUUGAGCCAAGCGAAUGAGAUUGUGGAGAGACAAGAGGGUGAGAUAGAAGCGCUUCAGAGAGCACUCAAGGAGAAGGAAGAGGAGCUAGAGGUUUCUACAGCGGCGAAGAAGCUUGAGCAGGAGAAGCUUAGAGAAACAGAAGCUAACUUGAAGAAGCAGACGGAAGAGUGGUUAGUGGCUCAGGAGGAAGUGAGCAAGCUUCAGGGGGAGACAGUGAAGCGCUUAGGAGAAGCUAAUGAAACCAUGGAGGACUUUAGGAGAGUGAAGAAGCUUCUAACCGAUGUGAGAUUCGAGCUAAUUUCUUCUCGGGAAGCUUUGUUAUCUUCAAGAGAGCAGAUGGGAGAAAAGGAAGUACUGUUGGAAAAACAGUUAGAGGAACUCGAGGAGCAGAGGAGAAGCGUGUUGUCGUAUAUGCAAAGCUUGAGAGAUGCUUGCGGUGAAGUGGAGAGUGAGAGAGUAAAGCUCAGAGUCGCUGAGGCUAAGAACUUUGCACUCGAGCGAGAGAUAUCAAUCCAAAAAGAACUGAUUGAGGAGCUACGAGAGGAGUUGAAGAAAGAGAGAUCUCUGUUGGAGCAAGCUAUGCAUGAUGUCUCCACCAUUCAAGACGAGCUUGACAAAAGAACUAAAGAGUUUCAAUUCUCGCAGACUCUACUUCAGGAGAAAGAGUCAAGCUUGGUGGAGGCUAAACUAGAAAUUCAGCAUUUAAAGUCUGAACAAGCUUCUCUAGAGCUGUUACUUCAAGAGAAAGAUGAAGAGCUCACGGUAGCGAGGAAUCAGUUAGAAGAAGUGAACCGGGAGGUUACAGAGCUGAAGAUGCUUAUGAGAACUAGAGAAGAUCAGCUUACGCAGGCGACUGAGUUGCUGAAGGAGAAAGAUGUCCACCUUAACAGAAUCGAAGGCGAGUUAGGCAGUUCCAAGAUUCAAGCCAGUGAAGCUGAGAUGGUGGUGGGGAGAAUCGCAGAGCUGACGAGCAGAUUGGUUCAAGAUCAGAUGCAGCAACAACCACUUGAGAAACAGCCUUAUGGUGAUUACGGGAUGGAGAACAAACGGCUAGUGAUGGAGUUAAACUUCACCAGAGAGAAUCUACGGUUGAAAGAAAUGGAAGUUUUAGCUGCGCAGAGGGCUCUGACGUUGAAGGACGAAGAGAUAAAUGUACUCAUGGGAAGACUAGAAGCCAAGGAGAGGGAAGUCAAGAAACUAAAAGAAGAAACGGUUAAUGACAGUGAAGAUUUGAAAAUGCUAUAUGCAUUGGCACAAGAGAGGAUCGAGGGGAGAACGAUGGGUGAUCUAGCCAUAGAGAAGCUUCAGCUUGACGCGGCUCAACUUGAAGUGGAAGCUGCGACGAGCGCGUUGCAGAAGCUUGCGGAGAUGAGCACAGAGCUUUUAACUCAAGCUGACAUGAGUGUGGAGGCAGAUUCUGAUAUUGUUGUAGUGCCAGAGAACGAAAACAGUUCAGCCGAUUGUAUUGCCGAGGUGAAAUCAGAAGUUGGGAGGCUCUGGUCGUUGACAGAGAGACUCCUAGAGAAUGCAGGAAUCGUUGAUGGUACUACAUCCACAUGCAUUAAUGGAUUAUGAAGAUUAGAUGAUACGGAUGAACUUUAUAAGCUUGAUCUGUGAUGUGAUUUUUUGUGUGUGGAUAUAUGUAGAGUUACCGGGUGUUGAAUAAAUGUGUUGUCUCAAAACUAAGAUUGUUCUGCAUACAAGGAUUGUCUUUGUGAAGGUUAGACAUGUAACAAGAGACUUGUAUCCUCUUUGUUCUUCUUGUAAGAAUAAAACAUCUGUGAUCUUCAAUGACA